AUGCUGCAUGAGCUCACUAGCUCAGUUCCCACAUGCCUCGAGCCCCCGAUCGCUGAUCGGGCCUGGAACGCUGCCGCCCGUGAUAUCGACCAGGUGAGAUAUUGGGUCUAUGCGACCGACUGGUACAAGGCGGCCGAGUCUAACUUCUGCGCCUACUACUGGACCCCUGCGCCCCCCGGUCAGGACCAGGGUGCUUUCCACCAGUCGGAGAUUAUGUACGCCCUCAACGCGCUCUACGCCAAUGCCGAUACAUACCCCUUCACUGAGACGGAUUACAGGAUCCAGGAGAAAAUGUCUGCUUAUUGGGCCAACUUUGCCAAGACCCUGGAUCCUAACCUAGCCAACAGUGCCAACGGCAGUCAGCUUGUCAUGGAGCUUGGAAACUACUUUGGAAAUAUGCCCAUUGCCAAGAAGGCGCAAGUCGAGUUCAUUAUGGAUUGGUAUCACCAGCAGAUCCCUUCCUAA